AUGGAAGAAGGGCUGUUGAUAGACCCAUGGGAGGAGAUGAGUUAUCAGAAAAAAUUCGAAGACGACGAUGCACCACCAAAGUACCAAAGCGUGGCCCUAAUUAUCGGGGUCACCGGCAUCGUCGGAAACAGCCUCGCUGAGAUCCUCCCACUCGCAGACACCCCGGGCGGCCCAUGGAAGGUCUACGGCGUCGCUCGCCGGCCAAGGCCCUCCUGGAACGCUGACCACCCAGUCGAAUACAUCCAGUGCGACAUCUCAGACCCAGAAGACACCCGAUCGAAGCUCUCAAAUCUCCACGAUGUAACCCAUGUUUUCUACGUCACAUGGGCUAGUAGAUCCACCGAAGCCGAAAAUUGUGAAAUCAAUGGAAAAAUGUUCAGAAAUGUUCUCCAAUCAAUCAUACCCAGUGCCCCAAAUUUGCAGCAUAUCUGUCUUCAAACUGGAAAAAAACACUACUGGGGUUCUUUUGAAUUGUCCGGGAAAAUUGCCCAUGAUCCUCCGUUUCACGAGGAUUUACCUAGGCUUGAUGCUCCAAAUUUUUACUACGCGCUUGAGGAUAUUUUGUUUGAGGAGGUGGAAANACCCCCAUAUAAGCCGAAGCACUAUGGGGGUGGGGAGACGACUCUUUCCCCGAUGUGGGACAGAGGUAAAGGCUACUGUGGGGCGAGUCCUGCAGGUUAG